UGCUUGCUACUUGAUUGCUACAACUUCAGGGUUUUAACUUACAUGGGAUUACUGUAUACAAGUAUGGUAUAAUCAACUAUAUUGGGGUAAUAGUAGUGUGUAUUUAUAAUAUAUUUUAAGCGUGGCAUCGUUUAAAUGUUUUGUGAUCAUGGUAUAUAUGACUAAAGUAAAUAAUAUUAAGAUGGAACUAGAUGAUGUUAGUAUACUUGUACAAGAACUAAAAGAAGCUAAUAAACUUUCAACAGAACAGACAGAGUACUUGAGAUCAUUAUGUAUACAGUUAAAAAAUCCAGUGCUACCGCAGCACCAAAUUGAAUUACGUGCUGGGUCUCACUGCCCAACUCGUGAGGAAAUAGAAAGGUUUGAAAAGAUAGCACCUAUUAAGAAAGGAUGUUAUAGUCCAGAAGAAGACGAAAUAAUUGCUAGUAAUUGGAAAUCAUUUUGCAAGCUGCAUGAUUGGAAUUCUAAUAAUGUUAACCCCUUUUUGCAAUUACGAGAAGACAAUACAGUGUAUAUUCGGAGUAAAAAAGAAAGACGGAAAUUUGUGCAGUUUUUAGCAGAUGGUCUUCCAAAUAGAACUUUAUACAGCGUAUAUCAUAGGUUCAGGAACUUAUAUGCAAAUCAUUUGCAAAGAAGGUUCCAACCUGAAGAGGACCAGAUGAUUUUAAAUCACUUAGAACAUAAUCCGAAUCUUGAUGACAAACGGAAAUACGCCGACUUAGCAAAAAUUUUGAAACGAACUCGGGCAUCCAUAUGGCGUCGCUAUAAGUUACUUAAGAAAAAACGCGAAAAAAAUAUAAAAAAAGAACCAUACUCUUAGUAUGUCAUAUUACUUAUUAUUGCUCAAUGUUUAAAUUUUUAAUAUAAAAUUUCUUAUUUAGUUUUGUGGUUUAGUACAUUCAUGUAAGUAAUGUAUACAUUUGAUUACAUCUAUUAUUGUAACAUAAAUUAAAUAUAUUAACGAUUUAUACUUUAUGCACGCGCAUACACAUUAAAUGAGUACGUUAUAGAUUGAAAUAUUCAUUAAUAUAUGUCAAAUACAAAGAUUCAAAUUACCAUGAAUUAGUAUAAAAUGU